AUGAACCAGAAGCUCAAGGACGCCCAUAAUGAAGUAAUCUGCCUAUCCGACGCCACCGUGCAAGAGCUCAUCGACCAAGUGCGCCGCACCAUUCACCCACUCUUCAAGAUCAGUGAGUCCAUCGCGAUGCUCGACAUGCUCGCGAGUUUCGCCCAACUCGUCACGACAUCCAUCAACGAGUAUGUCCAGCCCGAGAUCCACUUAGACUCCUUGAUGAUCAAGUCUGGCCGACACCCCAUCCGCGAAAAGGUGCAGCACCAGCUCGACAGAUUUGUACCAAACGACGUAUACGCCACACCACAAAACCGCUUCCACGUCAUCACUGGAUGCAACAUGAGCGGGAAGUCGACCUACAUCCGCUCUGUUGCACUGAUGGCCAUAAUGGCACAGAUCGGCUGCUUUGUGCCGGCCGAGUAUGCCUCCUUCCCUAUCUCGCACGAACUCUUUGCUCGCAUCUCCACAGACGACAACAUCGAAGCAAACGUCUCCACAUUUGCUUCUGAGAUGCGUGAAAUGGCAUUUAUAUUGCGCAACAUGUCUCCGCGCAGCCUGGUCAUUGUCGACGAGUUGGGGCGUGGCACCAGCACGGUAGAUGGAUUGGCGAUUGCGAUCGCCAUUGCCGAAGCACUGAUUGAGUCCAAGGCCUAUGGCUGGUUCGUGACGCACUUUCGCGAUUUGCCGCGCAUACUGGCCGAUCGCGCUGGCGUCGCGAAUCUGCACUUAUCAGCGGACAUCAGCGAAGAUUACUCGAGGAUGACCAUGCGGUACAAGAUUACAGACGGGUACGAGGAGGAAAAGUUCUACGGCUUAGCCCUUGCGAGGGCGAUCGGGCUGCCUGACGACGUGGUCGAGGUGGGUACGCGUGUUUCCGAGGCUUUGCAUGAGCGUAAUGAAGCGAGGAAGAGAAAUCCUCGCGCCACGGCGGUGGCCAGAAAGAGGAAGUUGAUCCUGAAUGUCAGAGAGCAAUUGAGCCAAGCAAGGGAGACUGCAGUCACAAGUGAAGUCGGUGCGGAGGCCUUGAGAGAUUGGCUAAGGCGGUUGCAGCUGGAGUUUACAGUGAGGAUGAGGGCGAUUGACGCGGAUGCCGAGGCAGCGGUGGGUGCAGAUUGA